AUGCUCUUUUGGAGCGAAGAAUCUCCGGUGAUUCGGCUGUUGCUCCUGUUUUGCCUCGUUGCCACGUGGCACACCGCCAACGCCAUCAAAUGCUAUUCGUGCGCCAAUGAUUUUAUUGUUUGGGUACGUGUAGGGACUAUUUACGACUCCACAGCGCAGACUACUAACUAGCUCAAUUCAACUUGUGUUUAUUUUCCAGCAGUGGCGCCACUUCUUUCUCAAACGGAACUACGAUAUCUCGACAAGCGAUCCGGAAUGCACGAGCAGGUAAGACACCUGGGAACGCCCCCGCACGAUUACCUCCUUCUCCUUUUGAUAGAAGUUUCUUUCACUUCAGAGACUACAUCUCGGAUCUCUACCAGAACUGCCAUUCCACUUGUUUUGUUUUCUAUUUGAACGGGACCAACAAACAGACUGGAUACACUACAGUACUCGGUGAGUUCUAAGAAUCUAGCAUGGAUUGAACGGGGUGAAACUGUAAUGUAUUCAGGUGUGGGUCGAGGUUGCUCCGCCAAUUUUCUGACCGAUGAUCAGCACCUGCACUUGGGACUCGGACCUCAUUCCCGGCCUUCCCACGUCGGCGAAUACCUUCCUCACGACUUUGAUCAGGUACCGAUCACAAAAAUAACAUUUCCCCUUCCAAUUUGCCACUUUCCAGUUCGACAUAACCGAACACUGGUGCUUCUGUGCCACCGAAAAGUGCAACAGCGAAGAGUGUUUCUCGUCGCCGUUCGGCUCGCGCGAGUACGCCUCUUCGUACAUCGCCAAACGACUACAGUACUCCUCCUACUCACAUAAUCCCUGGAAAUAUCGGAAUACGGGUUCCCGCCUCGCCACGACAGCCGCCACGUCAUUUCUGCUGACAAUGUGUCUUGUACAAAUGUUCUCUGUACUAUUGUUUUGA